AUCAUCAAUCAGAUCAAUCCAUCAAUCAAGGUCUAUUUGUGUUUAUUAUCAACAUAAAUUUUAUUAAUCAUAAAAAACUGUUUCUCUUUUUCUUUUCAUUCGUUUGUUAAUCGAACAAAAAAUGAAUCAAAAAUUGCUCAUCCUUUUUUUGAUUUUUGCGUCAGUAAUGUUAUCCAUGGCUGCUAAAUCAAUUAUUGUCAAAGAUGAUGAUUAUGAUGACGAUGAUGACGAUGAUGAUGAUGACGAUAACAAUUACAAUUCACUUCGACAACGUAUAAUAUUGGAUAAAUUAUUAGACACAAUGAUAUCACGUAUGCGAUCAAUGAAAUGUAGACAAGAAUCCGAUCUUUUAUCACAAAUUCAAUUGAAUGUACGUGAUGCACAUCUUGGUCAUUCAAUUCGUGCAAUGGAAAAUAUUCUAGUAAUGAUUCGUACCGUUGUUGAUAUUUGUCCAAAACAUAUUGAAUAAUCAAAAAUUCUUUCCAUUAUCCUUUGAUAAUCAAGAAAAAAAGAUGAAAAUUGAUUACAAAACAGAUUUUGUUCUUUGUUUUUGUUCGUUUGUUUAUUGAACAAUAAAUAAAUUUUUCUAAAUAUAAAA